CACAAAGGGAGAAUAACUCAAUGUGUCUCACUUAUGCACCAUUAAUCUGAAUUUGAAUGUUUUGAGAUGACUUUGAUCAUAAUCAUUUAUUUGUGUUUGAUUAAUUUAUAUGGGUAACUGAAAAAGGUUAAAUUGUAGAAGAAUGAUAUCAUAAUGAUGUCCAUACUAUUGAUACUUCAGAUAUUUACGUUUUGCUAUGGAUAUGACAUGCAAUGUCCAGAUCAGGCUCAAAGGUCGACACGAGCAAAUGCAAUUUGUUUUGACCCUUUAAAAUACUCCUGUUUGGAUGACUCAUCGAAACAGUAUUAUGAAAACAAUAAGACUAUAAGAGGCUAUUCUGAGAACUGCACCAGAUUUGACAAAGAAGGAGCAGGUAGAAAAAUUGUUAUUCGAGGACGUUUUGAUGGUAUUAAAUGUGAUAAAAAUCGCUACCAACCGAUUCCCUUCCUCACAAAUAUAAGUCAUGAGUGUUUGUUUCGGAAAUCUGAAUGUGCGGAAGAAGGACAGAUGGUAGUAAACGAUUCUAGCACGACAAAGGAUGUUUCAUGCAGAUGUGAUUACACUGAAGGAUAUGGAUUUUUAACUAGACCUGCGCAUCCAUGCUUUUGUAUACCAUCAAAAGAAGAUUGUUCUUGUUAUCUGAAGAAGUGCAACUACAAUAAAAAACUUUCACCUGAUUACCAUUGCACUAACGCUUCAAAUAAAGAAAACAGGUUUAAAUGUUCGAAAGUAAACAAAAGAGUGAUUCCAGAUAUUGAGGUCAAACCACCAGUAAAAAAUGUGUAUCAGAACAAUAGUUCAGAGUUAGUUGAUAGUAGAACCGACGUGGUAUAUAUCAUUGUGUGCGGUGUUUUUUUUAAUAUGGUGUUCAUCGCUACAGUAUGUCGAGGCAUUUGGAAAGAAAGUCGUUAUCUUGAUGAAGAAACAAAAGAAACAUAUUUAAAGGAUAUACGUUCUGGGGAGGAGCGACAUCGACAUAUUCGAGUAGCUAUUAUAGGAGAGAAGGGUGUUGGAAAGACCUGUUUAUUACGCAGAUUACUAAAGCAAAGUAUUGAUGGUGUUCAAAGUACAGAUGGAGUCAACAUUGAAAUUUCUAAAUGUAAAAUAAGAUUGAGAGAUGGGCAAUGGGAAUCAUAUAAAGCAAAGGAACACGAAUUAGUUCGUGCAGAUAGAUUAAAAAGAGCCCUCGCAAAACUAAAAGGCAUAGAGCAAAAUCUUCCAACCAACGUGAGUGAUUCUGAUGCAGAUGGGAAUGAAUCCGACAACCGAUCUGAUUCAUCAAUUAGUGGAGAACGACUGAGUAACCGCACAGUUGUCUCAUCUGAUCAAGAGACAGGAGAAAUUGUUUCAGAAACACACCUUUCUACCAGUGAAGAUGUAGGGCAUAGCCCUAUCUCUGUGUCCAUAAAAAAUGACAAUGGACUUCGAAAGUCAGUGAGUUUUGCUGAGCAGCAGACCGGUACCAAGAUACAAAUCAGAAAGAAAAUUGACAUGGGCAAAGUGGUGACAGGCAAACAACGUCUAUUAAACCAAAUACACAAACAGAUGAUUUCAAAUGAUGAUAAAGUGGAGUAUGUUGACUGUGAUUUAUGGGAUUUUGCUGGAGAAAGGGAAUACUACGCAACGCAUCAAGCUUUUAUAUCAAGCAGUUGUAUUUUCCUCCUUGUUUCAGAUAUUUCAAAAGAUGUUAUGGCCUUUAAAAAUGACUCAUGUUCAAAAAGCGGUUUUGACAGCAUUGGAGAAUACAUCGACUUUUGGAUAAACAACGUUCACUGCUUUGCAAAACCUACUGUUGGAGAUACAACAAAGUUACAACCACCAAUUAUAAUCGUUGGUACAGGCACAGACAAAAUUGAGCAAGAAUUGUUGGAAAUAAAGAAAGAAGAGUUUAAAACAAAAAUCAAUAAUCAUUUAAAGAAUCAGGAAAAAAGAAAACAUAUUAUGGCAUUUUACUUUCUGUCGAAUUUAAAUUCAAGCGAUGAUAAAGUUGAUGAACUGAGGACCAAAAUCUUCAGGGAAGCCAAAAAAUGUACUACAUGGGAAAAUCCGAUUCCAUUAGAGUGGACUUUUUUAGAGAAUGCAAUAGAACACUUACGUCAGAACGAAAGUAUCUUAGAUUUUGCGGAUAUCAUCUAUUUGGCAUCGAUAGUUUCAAUUAAUGAGAAAGAAACUGUGGUUAGUUUUCUAAAGUAUCAACAUGAAAUAGGAGCACUUAUUUUCUUUGAAAAUAUUUCCGACUACAUCAUCAUUCAACCUAAAUGGCUUGCUGAUGCCUGUAGAUGUUUUGUUACUGAUAAAGUUGAUGAUGACAUAGAGACCUCUGACGAUUGGAGAGAAUUAAAAGCAACGGGAAAAGUUAGCCCUGACCUGAUGUCUAAACUUUUGAAAAAGGUUCCUGAACUAAAAUCAAGGAAAAAGAGGCAAUAUCUACUACGCAUUAUGGUAAAUUUUGAUAUAAUAAUUCAACCAAAUAUCACAACUGAAAAUAUAGAUCAUCGAAGUACAAUACCAUAUUAUAUACCUUGUAUGAUUACGAAAAAGACAUCAAUCCAAGAUGUUCGGAUCGAAUAUGGUUUACAGGCGUUAUCUCCAUGGGUUUUAUUUGAAUUCGAAUUUCUCCCACUCGCUUGCUUUAAUCACAUUUUCUUCGACUUUGUUAGAAAAUACACGGUGUGCACAAAUAAACAAUCUAAUAAUGUUGCUUUCUAUCGUGGAAUGGGAGUAUUCUGUCUGGACGAAUCCAGGAAGAAUGGAAAUUUAAUGCUCUGUUUCUCAGCAAAUACAAUAGCAGUUCAGCUAUGCAAUGUGAGCCAUGACAUUGGAAAUAUCUGUUUUCAAAUUCUGAACGACCUUGAAAAAAAAGUAUCAAUUUUAAAACAUCAAGGUAAAUUACUUAAUCUGAAAUAUACAAUUAAGUUUAAGUGUAAAAAUGGAGAUCCCCAUGAUAAGAAUGGCAGAGUUACAAAGGAAGAUGUAGAAAGUUCUGGCGACAACAAAUACCCUUGUUUAGAACAUGACAAAGAUCAUUCUACAGAGGGACUGAAGAUGACAUGGUUUAAAGAUAAGCUUACAUGCCAAGACCAAAACAUUAACCCGUCCACUUCGGCAGUAGAUGAAGUCAUUCAGUACGAAGAAAAAUCUAGUUUCAAGCUGAAACAGGAAAGAAUAUAUGACAUCCAAACUAAUAGCAAUGGGCUUCUUAUAAUCGCCGACGGAAAACAGAAUCAGAUUUUGACUUGUACGUUAUCUGGUGGAAAUCAGAAGAAAAUAAAAUUACCUGGAGAACCAGAUAGCUUUGCAAUAAUUGACAACGAAAAUAUUGCUGUGACUUUACCAUAUGAAGAAGACAUUGUGUUCAUAGAUAUUAGUAAGGGAGUCAUAGUUAAAACAAUACACAUGGGACUAUGUUGCACUGCUAUUGCAUACUUCAACAGCAAGUUUAUUGUUUGCGUCGACAACACAAUAAAGAUAUUAGACGUUGAUUGUAAAGUUCAAUCAACCAAACCAUUGGGAGGAUUCACGACAGACGGAUUCAGUGUAGGAAAAAACGAAAACAUCUAUUGUACAGACUAUAAUAAGUUGAUAUGCAUGGACAUUCAUGCAAAUAUUCUUUUCAUAUUUACUGGUGUAAACACUAGGCGACCUAGAGGGGUGACAACAGAUGAUGAAGGAUAUAUUCUGGUAGCGUACGACCAUUCUCACAAUGUACACAGAGUCAGUCCAGAUGGUUCAAGGAGUCAGGAAAUUAUACGGAAGCUACCAAAAAUUGAUUGGUCUCCUUUCAUAUGUUUCGACAGUGUGACGAAGUCAAUAAUAAUUGGUCGUAAAGACAAGGUCAUUGUUUUUACUAGAUCGACUCGACUUUUUUCUAUUUAUCAAUAAAUUAUGUUAAAUGUAAAUUAAACCUAUUUCAGAUCCCAUUGUUCUCUGCACUAUUUUUAAUCACACUUUAUGCAUCUGUACAGUCAAGCAUUCGCAACUAAUGAAAUAUCUGCCUCCAAAUGGUCAAAACAUGAGGAUUUCAGAAAAAGUCUUCAUAAUAGUAUGUUUAUCAGAUAUCGUCGAUAUUGACAAAUUAAACAAUUUAACUGUG